AUGAAUACAGUGAUGUUACUAGGAAUUGCACUAAAGGUUUUAUUUAACUGUAACUCUGUAUCAGCAGGUUGCUAUUUACAGUACAAGUCAAAGGAAUACCCCGAAACUAGUUACACUCUAUCUGAACUGACCAAUAUAACCAACAGUGCCGACUGUGAUACCGAAUGUAAUGGGCGAUCAUCCUGUACUGAUUCCAGUUUCACAUCACCGUCAACAUGUCAACUAUUUCAAUCGCCAUUAAUCUACUACAGUUAUAAUGAGGGUGUUCUUCAGUGUGAAGCGGAUUGCGACGCUAGGGAUAGUUGUGUAGUUUAUCAAUUUGGUUCCUUCCGAUGUUUCUUGUUUGACGAGAUGUUAGAAGGGCCGUUUGCUGGAACAGAAUCUUAUAGUUUUUAUGAACAGAAAUAG